AUGGGAUUUCGAAAGAUGCUGGGCAUUAAGGGGGGCAGUUCCUCCAAGCCACCAUUUGAAGAAACUAAAAAGACCAAAGCCGCAGCCGAGAAGACCAUCAACGCGAUUGGUGACCUGAAUGAAAAUGAGGAAAGGCUAGAAAAGAAGAGGGCACUGUUGGAGAAGAAGAUGGGAGAAGAACUGCAGAGAGCCAAGGAGUACUCCCAACAAAAGAAAAAGAGCCAGGCGCUCACAGCUCUGAAAAAGAAGAAAAUGUAUGAAGCCCAGCUGGAACAAACCAACAACCUCAUCCUGCGCCUCAACGAGCAAAAGCUGAUGCUAGAGGGCCAGAGCACGACAGCAGACGUGCUGAAGUCCAUGCACACUGCCGCCACCGCCGCCAAGCAGACGAUGCAGGAGCUGGACAUCAACGACGUGGAUGACCUGGUCAGCAAGAUCCAAGACCAGAACGACGAGAUGGCGCAGGUCCAGGAGGCGCUGGCACAGCCCACCGGCAUGAUGAAUGAGCUCGACGACGACGAGCUUUUGGGCGAGUUGGACGGCUUGGAAGCCGAGCUGCUGGACGAGGAGCUCAUGGCGCCGGCACACGUGCCCGCGGCCCAGGCCCCUGCGGCCGAGGCGUCCACUUCGGAGUACGCGGCCGGGCUGCCGGCGGCCCCCGUGGGGGCGGCCGCAGCGCCGGCAAAGGCAACCAACCAGGUGGAAGAAGAGCUCGCUGCGCUGGAGGCGGAGCUCGCGGCUUGA